AGAGAGAGAGAGAGAGAGAGGUGGGAGAUAGAGCUUUGCGCAAGGUUGGGAGGGAAUGUCCACUAGAUGCAGUUGCCGAUAAUAGCGUGUAUCAGCAGCAGAGCGGUGACUGCGAGCGCAGCCAGAGAGGAGAGAACACAGGCGCAGCAGGCAGCGCAGGAGUCUCUUUGAAUGAGAGCAGCGAGAUUGAUUCGGGAGAAGAGUCAUAGAAAGAGCUGUGAGAAAGAUUGAGAGCGUCUCAUCCUCAGGAGAGGAGAACGGGGGUGGAAGUUAGAAGGCUGUGGGAACCCAUCAGCUCUCUCUGUGGAAAGGCUGUGCUGAGGUCAGCAAGCAGAAGUGUGGGAAGCAGCUGAACCGACCCGGACGCUGGAUGAUCUGGGGUGGACACUCUUAUAGAGGUGCUAAAAGUUCAAAUCGACGUGCACCUGCCGGUGGAUCUAACGCUUUCGGAUAAUGCAGGGGGGCUGUGGGGCCACUGAACCGUUCCAUCUUAGUUCCACAGCAUCAGUGUCUGGACAACUUUUUUGUGUGAAGUAAAAAGACUAACUGCUUUUUAAGGAUUAGUGCACAAGUUCAAGGUUCUUGAGGGUUUAUCCGAGAGACAUGAUAGAGAAUGAAUUAAAGCACGAGCCUUCCGUUUCAGAGCAUGGAGAAGUCAAGUAGCGAGGAAUCUGCCAUCCACCGUAGCCCCUCCGUGGACAGUCGCGACUCCGAUUUCGCUCAAGCCUCCACCUCCGAACGCCCGUUCGGAGGACGAGGCUUCACCGCCGGAGCUUUCUACGGGUCCACGGGCCCCCGUGCGCAAACCGCCGCUCAGAGCGGGGAAGACAAAAGCAACAAUAAGUACAAGGCUCCUAAAGGCAGCAAGUACGUUGUCUUUUACCUGGAUCUAUCCUUUGUGUUCCUUCUAGAGUUCAAGAAGUUCAACAUGGCGAGAGGCUGCCUGUGCUGUCUGAAAUACACGAUGUUCGUCUUCAACCUCAUCUUCUGGUUGUGCGGCUGCGGGCUGCUGGGGGUUGGAAUUUGGCUGUCUGUGUCUCAGGGCAGCUUCGCAACCUUCUCUCCCUCCUUUCCAUCCCUCUCCGCUGCCAACAUGGUCAUCGCCAUAGGCGCCAUCGUCAUGGUGACGGGCUUCCUCGGUUGCCUGGGCGCCAUCAAGGAGAACAAGUGCCUGCUUCUGAGCUUCUUCGUUGUGUUGCUGAUCAUUCUGCUGGCCGAGCUGAUUUUGCUCAUUCUUUUCUUCGUCUACUCUGAUAAGGUCAGUGAGAAUGCCAAGCAGGAUCUAAAGGAUGGUCUUGCUCUCUACAACACAGACAACAACAUUGGGCUGAGAAACGCCUGGAACAUCAUCCAAGCUGAGUGGAAGUGUUGUGGAGUAACUGGGUACACAGACUGGCACGAGGCUCUGAAAGAAAAGGUGGUGCCGGACCGCUGCUGUCAGGAACAUUAUCAGGAGUGUGGCCGAAAUUCCACCAACAUGUUUUGGACACGGGGCUGUUACGAGAAGGUGGAAGAGUGGCUUGACGAUAACAAGCAUCUACUCGGAACAAUCGGCAUGUGUAUCUUGGUAGUUCAGCUCCUGGGCAUGGCUUUUUCCAUGACGCUCUUCCAUCAGAUCCACAGAAGCGGGAAGAAAUACGACGCCUGACGAGGCCGCCGCUCGAGGGAGGAGCCCUGCUGCAUUAUGGGACAGACUCUGGAGGACAGCUCUUGCAUAUCCUCCUCUUGUAUCUAACUUCCGACCCGUUUUCCCAUUAACUCCCGAGCUCCUCACACCAUACCAUCCUGUAAAGACCUCAGCCACGGUCACUCUCUCCUCCGCUCUUUCCCCCCUCCACUCAUCUGCCAAAGAGACCCGGGGACAAGGAGGAACGAGAGGACCGGCAUCCUUCCCAUGAGGCCUCUAACUGACUUUCUCCCUCCAUCUCCUCUAGAACCUUCAUUUUAUGCUUGAACUAACUAUAGUUUGCAGAAAGGAGACGAGGUCUGCGUGGCUUUACUAAUACGUAAACCCCCCCUGCCCUGCGAGGACGACGUGAGACUGGUAGUUCAGAAACUUUCAGGGUGUGAUGAACUGAAAGGCAUUGUCAUCGUCCCUGUCUGCAGUGUAAAUGACAAACAGCUUCAUUUUUAGCACGUUUAGCAGUUUUAUACCAGACGGAGAUCUUGUCAUUUUAGCAACUUUUUCUUUUUACAAGUGACUUUUCCCCAAUCCUGUCGAUAUCAUUUUCACAACCGAGACGCUGACUUGAGCGAGAUACAGAAGGAAAUCCAGUUUGCUUUGGAUGGUCAGAGAUUGUGUGCGUUGUUUUUUCUUGUGUGUGAAGGUUUGUGAUUGGACAUUUGAGAGGGCAUUGAAAAGUGCUGAACGAUUGAGACCUAAUGUCAGUAUUAUGAAUGGGAAGUCACCUUAUGCAGACUGUCAGGUUACCCAGGCAAGUACUGAUGGUACCCAAUACCUGCAAAAAUGUUGUCAACCAGUAAAAGGUCCGUUUUUAUAGAGAGAAGCGGUGGAAGGAAUGUGUGCCAAGCAUUUCAAAAGGGCAGAUCUUUGUGAAUUUGACCACCCAAAUAAUCAUUAAGACACAGCAUCUUUCCUCUUUUCAGAGUUAAUGCAUGUCACCGAAAGUCCCUGGCAGAGGUGUUCACUACAAAGUGCACAUUAGAAUAAGGUACAGCAGAGAUGGUUGUAUUUAUGAGAAUUGUAUUAAAACGCUAUUUGGUUUUGCACAAGUUUCAAUUGUGAAUGUUCGCUACAGUUUUCCUCGAGCAUAUUUUUGUCAAGCUGUCCAGAAUGACUCAAUUAGCGGACUGGCUUGCGCAACUGUAUUUCCCAACAUCCUUUGUUGACGACACGAAAAUGGCGGUCGUGAUAAAAAUACCCAGAUUAUAGACCUAGUGCACAUGCUCGUGUAUUGCCUUAGCACUAAAUAAAACUAAGCUGCUGUCAUAAGUAGGAACUUCCCAUGAGGACUUGGAGGCAGAACAUUAAACCUCAAUUAAUCACCAGAACUAAUAAAAAUAUAAAACGACACAAUUUGAUAAAUUAGGACAAGCGCAGUCAAGCCAUGAGUGCUGAACAAAAAUGAUUGUACAACUUGUGUAAGUUUGUGGAGCGCAAUCCACCCUCCAUAAUUCAUUUUGAGAAAAACAGCCCGCUGCGUUUCUGUUUCCGCACACCUCAGCUUUAUCGCCUCUGCUCUUCUUCACCUUAUUUUCUCUCUCCAUCUGCUUUCACUUCUCGAGCAUCGGGCUAGAACGCUUUGUGUUCUCUAACAUUCCUGCUGAAUGAGGCGUUAAUGCGUCUGUAUCACAUGCCCUGAUGGGACUUGCUUUAAGAUGCGUCUUGAUGAAGGUGUUUUGAAGCGAAAGCCGACAGUUUGGAGGGUCUAAAGUCAUGUAGCUGUAGAUCAGGGCGUGAUGAUGGCUGUCAGUGGCCAGUAUAAGUGGGGUCAUCUGAUGGGCUCUCAUCUAGACUGUCACGGAGACGCAUGCCUUCUGUUUAACCUUCUCUCUGUGUGUGUGUGUGUGUGUUUCAUUUGAGUGUCAGAGAGACGUAAAGGGAAAAAUAAUAACAGCUCUCAUCCCGUCAGGCACUAACUGUCACGCUAUCUUUCGGUUUACUGUGCUUUAGAAAAAUUGCUGUGUAUUAAGAACCAGUCGGGACCAGAAGCGACAGCUGCUUCUGAUGGUUAUCCUCUCUCGGUGGUUAAACUGAGAGUAAAGAGUACAUCAGGUUCUGCUGUGAUUGAGUAAAGGAACUCUCUCACUGUAUGUUGCCGCUUUAAGAGACCCCCAUAGUUAUUAUUACCAGAUCAGAGAAGGUGAAAUACUUGGAAAGAAACGACACAUUCGAUCUCACUCACAUGAUGCCAGCAAGCACACAACAGUUCCAAAUCUUUAUAGACGGUUUCAUCUUAACAACAUAAACAAACGUUACUACAAAUUUCAACAAAUCGUUUAUUUAAUACACUUAUUAUACAGUAAAAUAAUAAUACAAAUUAAUAUGAACAUAAAUUAAAUAAAAUAAAAAUAGUUAUAUUAUUAGACACUAGACAAACACAAACCGGAAGUUAACUGGGGGGUCAGGCGCGCGCGCGUCCGAUGAAACGGUCUAUACAUUUCUUUGUUCUGAUGAGCACAGAGAAAGAUGUUUGGAAGAAUUCUUGUAACCGAACAGUUCUUGGCCACCAUCGACUAGCAUAGGAAAAAUUGCUUUAUAAAUGUCUUAGUUCUGUCGAACACAAAAGAAGAUAUUUUGAAGAAUGUAGGAAAGCAAACAGUUCUGGGGCACCAUUGUAUGGUUUUGUACUGUGGGAGUCAAUGGCGGCCAAGAACUGUUUGGUUACAAGCAUUCUUCCAAAUAUCUUUCUCUGUGUUCAUCAGAACAAAGAAAUUUACACAGAUUUGGGACAACUGACGGCAUUUUUAUUUUUGGAUGAACUGUUUCUUUAAAGUCAAAAUCAAAGGAAAUCUGAUCCUAUUUACUUCGUACAGGCAGAUUCGUCAGUGUUAUACAAUGGAAAUGCAUCAUAUUAGAGGAGUAAACUAGGUUGCGAAUGCCGUUGCAUGUUGACCUUAAGGAAUCUGUUAAAUAUGACCGUCAAUCAGUCUUGCAAAUUGAUAAGCAAAUAGAAAUAAAGCAGCCGCAGUCAACAUUAUGAGCAUCAGUAAUGGAAAUGUGUUUGUGUUACACCUGGCCGUCUGGCUUCAAACCAGUUUCCUCUGAAGAACACCGUGGAGUUAACUAAGGGCUUUUAACGCUUUUAUCAAACUGAAUCACUGAACUUAGACUGCAAAGUGAAAUUUGUGAACUAUGUUGACAUGAAAGCUUUCCGAGGUCAGGCGCUGUUUAAAAGUUUGGAACUGUUUGUUUGGUCCUCGCUCCUAUGGUUUUAAUUUGUAAAGAUUUCUCUUUAAAAAAAUCCAAAUCACUCUUUUAACCGCACACUAGAUACCCACGUAAAUACUCACUUUCCUUUCAUCCGUUCGAGCUGUUAUUGGCUUCCACCAUGUGAACCUGAAUUUGUCAGAUGCUUUAUACGUGCAGCAGAUAAAGUGUACAAUGACACUAUGAUGAAAAACAACCAUCGAUGGGUUGAGGGUAGCGCUUUUAUUAUGUUUCAUUAUUUUUUCCCAUGUUUUUGCACUGUGUGUCAAGCUUAAUGCAUGUAAACAAUUUUACUACAAAUCAUCUCAUGACUGUACCAUUGCAAAUAUGUUUGACAUUAGGGCAUACUGUAUCUGUUGUGUAACAUGGUAUGAGCGGUUUGGUGUAUCUAUUUUUAAUGUGUCCGUCAAAUUUCUGAAGGUGCGAGGGUAAUUGCCUAAAUGAUAAAUGCCUGUUUUUUCACUCGAGGGUCGUGAUGUCGUUUUUGUGUUAUCUUUCUUUUUUGUACAUUGUUCAUUGUUGCAAGUUGUCAUUGUUUGUUUGUCAGAUAUUUUGUUACAAUAAGGCUAUGUUAAGCAUUGUUUUUCUUAACUUUUUACUUCUUUUUUUUUUGACUGUCCUAAUGUCCUUACAUCUGUUGGUUUUUCAUAAUGGAACUGGCAAAUGUGGUAAAAUAUUUAGCGCGCAGUACAUCACAUGCACAUUUAAAUUCACGUUAACAACCACAAUUCAGAUUUUUUUAUUUGAAGUUAAUUAAUAAUGCAUUGUCUACAGCUAAGCCCAUUUUCUGACAGGUAUUUUCUCUUCCCGUCUGUCCCAUUGAAGAUGUCUCCGAUCAUAAUGGAAAAAUCUCCAGAACAUCACGAUGCUUGCACAUCUGUUUUAUCUGAUUAUAUUGUUUGAUAUCAUUUUGUACCCAUUUAUUGUCAUUUAAUUUUACAUACUUCAGUUGUUUAAUAGUUAUUUUUUGUACCUGUUCGUUCAAGAACUUAAGUUGUCGGUCUGAAUUCUGAUAUUUUAUUUUUGACGGUGUUGCGUGAAAGCGCAAUUUUAAUUGGCUGAUCUGAGUGACCACAUCAACGAACUGAAUUUUCUUUUACAAAUCGACACUGCCAUAAAACAAUUUAGGAAUUUAGAUUGCUUGGGGAUGGAAAGGGAUCUAAAAAGUAACAGAUUUCUGUCAUUUCUGCCCUAUCGGUAUUUUUGUACUGCCAUCUUAACCACCGCCAGUAAGCUGCAUAUACAAGCUGUUAAAACGUAUGCUCUUGAGUGACGUGUUUUACUGUAGUGUCCUGGUGAGUGGCGGUUGUCAGAUAUCUUGUGAACCCAGAUUUGUCCUGUGGAGUAUUUUGCUACAUGUAAAGCACUAUAAAUAUAUUAGGUGGUGCACUAAAUUACAUUCUUUAAAUCCUACUAUUUUUUAAAUAAAGGAAAGUGUGUUGCCAAACUCCCUGUCACCUUUUCUUAUCAUUUUUGAUACAAGCUAUUUAACAUCUUUUUAAAUGCUUAAGAACUGUACCAAAGUAUAUAUAGUAGUUCACUGUCUAAAGUAGCCAUAUAAUAAAAUAUUAGCUUUU